UUCGGUUUGCCCUACACGUCCCGGGAGCUACGGGUGCGAUCAUUGUCAACGUAGGCAGCUGUUGACAUCUAUCGAAGGCCAAGUGAAGGUCAACUGCUUACUUGGAUGGUCAAGCAUGAUACGAGCUACGAACAAGAUCAAGCCGCAAACUUGAUUACGUUUUGAGUGCGUUGACCCGGAGUGCUUCUAUAAGUACUUGCAGCACUCCGAUCAGAUCCGGAUGGUAGAAGGGUGGAGAAUUGGGUGAGAAGACCGGUCACAGAUGUCAGGCUGAGGUACAAAUUGCGUUCUACUUCUGGCGGUGAGGCCUGCAGGAAAAUCAACAGCGAUCGGUUCAAUCGAAAUUCGCAUCGAGCGUCCGAGAGUCGCCAGGCGAAUAUGAGGUCAGGGAGGGAGGCAUGGGCGUGGGCAUGGACACUGACGGCCGUGGCGAUGCUGCUCGGCUCUGCGACGGCUCAGCAGGCCGCUUGCAAUGCCGCGGACGCGGCAGCGCUGCAGGAUUUCAAAGCCGACUUCUUGGAGAACGGGGUCUUCGCGGCGUGGCAAGCGGGCGCGGACUGCUGUUCCUUCGUAACGUGCAACGCGGCCGGGCGCGUGACGGCCAUCGUCAUCGUGGCGGAUCGCAUCGGCGUGUUCCCGAACCCCAACAGCGCGGGGCGGGUGGGCGCGUCACUGGGCAGGCUCGAGGCGUUACAGAGCUUGACGCUGAUCGGCGUUAGGUUCUUUGGUCCGAUCCCGCGCGCCUGGAAGGCGCUGUCGAGCCUGAGCACGCUGUACGUCUCGCUGGGCAACUUCACGGGCGCCAUCCCCGCCGAAAUCGGCCAGCUCAAGAGCCUCAACGAGCUGCUCCUCUACGUCGGCCAACUCGAGGGCCCGUUGCCUGCCGCCGUCUGCCAGCUCGCGCUCCUGCAGCGCCUGGAGAUCGAGUCUCAGCAGCUCUCGGGCGAGCUCCCCUCGUGCCUCCCCAAGCUCACCAGACUCCGCACUCUGAGCUUGGCCAACAAUCGCCUGGCGGGCUCCAUCCCCUCGGCGCUCGGAAGCGUCGGAUCGCUCGAGUACCUGGGGCUCAAUAAUAAUCUCUACUCCCAAUCCAUUCCCGCGACCCUGGGCCGCCUGUCCAAGCUCCAAACGCUUCGGUUGAACGACAACCGUCUGUCGGGUUUCAUUCCGCCGGCGCUCGGCGACGCUGCCUCGCUGAUGGAGAUCAACUUGGACGACAAUCAGAUCACUGGCAGCAUUCCUUACUCGCUGACGAUGCUCCGAAACUUGGCCUCUUUGAGCUGCAACCACAACCGCCUUUCCGGUCCGAUCCCUCGGCAUAUCGGCGAUUUCCAGUCGCUGACGUUCUUGGGUCUCUCGUACAAUCGUCUGUCGGGGUCUCUUCCGGCUGAAAUCGGCGACCUGCAAGUGUCCGCCACCACGGGCACGGUCGGCCUUUACAUCGACCAUAAUAGCUUGUCCGGUCCUCUUCCGAACACGCUGUCGAACGUCGGCACGCUUUCAGCCAGCUACAACCGAUUCACGGGCGGAUUUCCACUGUCAUUGUGCGUGAGUGGCUAUAAUGUGGAUUUGUCGCACAAUUUGCUGGACAGCGGAGCGCAGGUCGGGACACUUCCUCGAAACCCUAGUCUCCAGAUCCUCGACCUGAGUUUCAACCUCUUGCCAGGAGCGAUUCCUUCUUGGCUCUCGUCUGUGACGUCUCUCACGUACUUGGACAUCUCUAACAAUAGGUUCAACGCCGGUGGAAUUCCUGCUCAGCUGCUGGCACUGAAGAACCUCGACACCUUCAAAGCUGCCGACAACCGGCUCCGUGCUCGACUGCCGACAGGAUCAUUCCAGUCUUCCAUCACCUUUCUGGACCUGCACAAUGUUCAGCUUGUUGGUUCCGUUCCAGCGAAGUUCUUCCCAAGUUUUCCCAACCUUAUGUACUUGGACAUGUCCAGGAAUGGGCUAGAAGGACCUCUACCGUCCAACAUAAAUCAGCUUAUUAGGCUUUUCCACGUAGAUCUUUCAAGCAACAAGCUGGUCGGUAAGGUUCCAGAUCUUAGCGCCUUGACCCAGUUAACUUACCUCAAUCUAUCAGGAAACGCGUUUCAAGCGCCCGUACCUUCAAUUCCAUGAAAACUCUCUCCAGCGUUACGAACAUAUCCGAGACGACAUGCGUACAUUGUAAAGAUAACCCGAUUAUUGUAAUUUGCCGAUAAUUGGGGAAAGACCUAGGGCGUUAUCGAAACGAUCAGAACUGACAAAUGACAAGGAAAAAAAGCACAUCAUCAGGAAAAGUGCACCCCAAUUUUACAGAGCAGCAUCGCACGGUGCGCAGGAUUCUGGUGCAGUCUAUUUGUUAUACUGUACAACCUCUGAGGAGGGAUGAGGAGGGAAGAUGGCAAAUAAGAUUGGUGAGGGACUGCAAUCUGUAAGCGAAUCUGUAAAUUAAAAUAAUUUCUUGGA